AUCGCUGUACAAUAGCAACAUAAAUUACGCACGGCGCAGUUCUAUGUGACGUGAUUUUUUUCCAUUAUUACGCAGGUCCAGUUUAUCAUUAUCAGUUUAGUUUUUUUUCCUGAAAGCAAGCAUCCGACAUGGCCAGGCAGCUUACUAGACUCGGAUAUUUGGACACUAAGAAGACCCUCUUCAUGCUGUGCGAUUUGCAGGAUAAGUUCAGACCCGGCAUGAAAAUGUUUGAUCCGGUUAUCAAAAAUACGAGCAAAUUGCUCCAGGCAGGCAAAAUGCUGGACGUUCCGUUAAUCGUUACCGAACACUACCCGGAGAAGCUCGGUCGCAUCGUCAAAGACUUGGACAUUGCACACGCAAAGGGCGUCUUUCCCAAAACCCUGUUCAGUAUGAUGAUCCCGGAGGUGCAGGCAAAGAUAGCCGAUCUAUUCGGAAAGGACCUGGAGACGGUGGUUCUUUUUGGACUCGAGUCCCACAUCUGCUUGGAGCAAACGGCGAUGGAUCUGCUUAACAAUGGUUACACCGUACACGUGGCUGCCGAUUGUUCACUCUCCCGCCAACAGGAGGACCGGAAGUUAGCCUUGGAACGCCUGAAGCAGCUCGGUUGCUUUGUAACGACUAGCGAAAAUGUUAUCUUCAAGCUGAUGAAAGAUAAACAACAUCCGGCUUUUGACAAAGUUAAAAAUCUAGUUCGUGAGCCAUCGGUCGAUACUGAGCUGAGCAAACUUUGAAAGAACUUGGAAAUUUAAACAUGCUGGUCUUCCAAUUCAUUAUUCAUUCUUUUACUGUUCAAAUGAUGUAAAACGUCUACUCUUGACUUGUGUUGUGAUUUUAAUGCAUUUUAUAGAUUAUUAUUAUUACUGGUUUGGUAGAAAUUUGCUUCUAAAAGUGUAUAACAACUUGUUUGAAAUAAAAUUUUAAGCAAUUAAUCGUUAGCUUAUUUGUUGUUCCUAAAGAACUAGCUUCUGCAGAACUGCUCGUUCCUGCUAUUCAAUACUUCCCCAUCUCUAGCUUUGAGUAAAUCUAAAGACAGAUUCGGAAAAGUGACAACUAGCCUAUGAGACACGUCUAAUUUCACCAUCAUCCUACCAAUUGGCCCUGUCUAGUUCUUACUGAGCUUGAUUCCAACUAGUAACUUUAUCCACCCUUAGAAUCCAUAGAAUAGUAAAUAAAAUGCUGAAUGAA